AUGGACUCCAUUGCCGCUUCAAUGGCGUCCAAGCCCUCAUUCUUGGACCUCCCAGCCGAGAUCCGACUGAAUAUCUAUCGCUUUCUAAUCCCAGAUACCCCUGAACCGACCGGCAACAGCGCAGCGAACCCUCUCCGUUCAGACAAGGAACUAUGUGCCCCGGCGCUCCUGCGGACAAAUUCAACCAUCUACCAAGAGCUGAUCCAGGAGUGGUACGGUAGCGUGGCAUACACUGCGACUCUCACGCUCUCCGGCCUUAGCUUCGUUGGACAAGAGUUUCCUCCAUAUACACCACUACCGUCCACCCUGCGCUUUGUGACCUCGUUCCAUCUGUGGCUGCACUUGUGUCUCACGCCGGACGUGGAGAGACCAGCGGGGCCGUCGCAUACGAAUGAUCCCGUCUAUUAUGGAGUGAGGGAGCGCGUGGAAGCCAUCGCUGAGAUCCUGGCGCGGACGAGAAGACUGCGGCAUCUCCAGUUGACGGUGUAUUUCAGUUUACCCGUGUAUAUCAUAGUUAGACACCACCCGGCGAAUCUGCAAAAGGUGCUCGGGUGGUGUCUAUCGCUAUUUGAGACGCUGCGCCUACUGCGGCCGAUCAGCUACGAGAUCGGGAUGUCUCGUCACCGAUCCCUUGCUGGAGAGAGCAACGGUGAUAACACGAUGAGCAACGUCGUUGCCAGAACUCGGGGAUAUAUCGAAAGAUUGAGUCGAAAAGUCUUCGUGACAGAUCAGACGAUCCUGAAGCACACUACUUUAGCGUAA